AUGUCGUCCCCGUUUCAUCGUCGCCCGUUCCCCGACUAUAUCCUCGCUUCGCCUCUUGCCGCCUUCCUCUAUCCCCUCCACCACCUACUUCUCCGACUCCGCGGUCCUCCUCGAUUGCCGCCUCCAGAUGCCCGUCCCAUCCGAGUGGUUUGCAUCUCCGAUACCCACACUCUGGAAUGGGCGGAUGUUCCUGACGGUGACCUUCUUAUCCACGCCGGCGACCUCUGCAACGAUGGUAGCGCCCGCGAGAUCCAGGCCGCGGUAGAUUGGUUGCGCAAGCUUCCGCAUCCUCAGAAAGUCGUCAUCUGCGGCAACCACGAUAGUUAUUUUGAUAUCCGAUCAAGGUUGCCUGAAGACCGUGACCAGUCGUUUGCCGCUGUCUCCUCAUCAACAGCCUCCCUCCGCUCCGUCGACGACUUUGACUCCCCGCACCGCAUCGACUGGGGUGAUAUCCACUAUCUCCAACAUUCCUCCGUCACCGUGACCUUCCCUCCUACUCCUCAAACUCCUUCCGACACUUCCGCGUUACUAGCCUCGCGUCCUCGCUCGCUUAACAUAUACGGGGCUCCCCAAAUACCCGCCAUCGUACCAUUUGGCCCCGAACACGCAUUCGCAUACCCUGCCCAUCAUGACGCCUGGUCCGGCACUAUCCCCGCAAACACCGACAUCCUGAUCACUCACACACCCCCGCAAUCGCACCUCGAUCUUUCACCAGUUUAUUCUACGGGUUGCCCGUUCCUCCUAUCGGAUGCAUGGCGCGUUCGACCGGCACUUCAUGUCUUCGGGCAUGUCCACGCUGCCUACGGUCGGGAGUCCGUCUUCUGGGAUGAGGCUCAGAAAGCGUGGGAACGCAUAUGUACCGCGCGUCGGCCCCGCGCAGGGAACUCACGCUUCAGAUCCCUCUUCGGACUUCUGCGGGACCUUUUUGACAUUUCCGGCUGGGUCGACUCCGCCCGAGUGCUGGUCUACGGCGUAUUAGGAGUUGUAUGGGCCAAAGUCUGGGGCGGCGAAAACCGGGGAGGGUGGGUGGUGAAUGCAGCAUGCAUGUACCGGGAUUCAGGCAGACUGGCGAACAAGCCGCAGGUUGUAGUCUUGUAG